CCGGUCUCUUUUCUUUUGUCCUCUUCCCUCCGGUUGGGGCACCAUCUCGCAUUGCCUCAUCCUGUUCAUCCCGCCAGUCGAGCUCAGAGAGGCGCGGACGUUUUCGCCUUUGCUCUCUUUCCCCCUUGGCAUUGGCCCUCUUCAGUCCAUUCGUGUCGGAGCUCUAUCCUUGUGCAAGAACCGAAGGCUUGUCUGAGCGGAGCAGGAGCGCAUCAGGGGACUGGUUAGAUCUCGGACUUUCACUCAAGACCUAUCACCAUGAAGUUCGGUAAACAGAUACAGCGUCGGCAGCUUGAUCUUCCCGAAUAUGCUGCCAGUUUUGUCAACUAUAAAGCUCUCAAGAAACUAAUCAAGCAACUCAGUGCGACACCGACAAUUCCCGCUCAGAGCACCACCGGUGUCACCCAAAAUGUUCCUGAAGCGCAAGCCACCCUUCGUGCAAAUAAAGAGGUUUUCUUCUUUCGACUGGAACGCGAGAUAGAAAAAGUCAAUGCGUUCUAUUUGCAAAAGGAAGCCGAGUUUUCACUACGACUAAAAACAUUGGUCGAUAAGAAGAGGGUUAUCCAGUCACGAGCAGUGGCUAGUUCAAAAGCACCGGCCAACUUCGUCGCCUUGUUUGAAGGCUUCCAGCAGUUCGAUGGUGACCUCAAUAAAUUACAACAAUUCGUCGAGAUCAAUGAGACUGCAAUGUCGAAAAUUCUCAAGAAGUGGGAUAAAACCUCAAAGUCUCGCAUGAAAGAGCUAUACCUUCACCGCGCUGUUGAAGUACAACCGUGUUUCAACCGAGAUGUAUUGCGUGACCUAUCCGAUCGUGCAACAACAGCCAGGUUAGAGUUAGAAGCUUGGGCAGAGGGUGAAAACAUUCACUUUGAUACUACGCGUCCGGUGGACCGGACCAUCACGAUCCAGGCCUUCGGCACGGAUGAAGAAGAUCUUGACCUUCAGAUUUUACAGUCCGCUACUGCAGGAAAUUUGCAAACCUUACGUGAGUGGACUGCAAAACUUCAGUCGUCUCCUGAUGCUCAAGUCCGCGCAACCCGCACAUUCCUAGCCGCUAUCAACGAGUUCUCCGAUGACGUGCUCUCUAUUCUUCUUGAAAGUGGCUUGGUUGACAUCUAUGCCGAAGAUGAUAUCAACGAGCGCAAUUGCCUGCAUGAAGCGGCUAUCUCUGGCCAUGAGUUUGUUUUUAAAGCUGGCCUAGCAGCCGGUGUUGAUAUUUCUAGGUCCGAUGUCUACGGCCGGAUUCCUUUACACUACGCUUGUAUGCAUGGCCGUGUAGAAAUGGUGCGAGAGUUACUGACAGCGGGUCCUCAUACCGUUAAUGUGAUGGAUCAUGAUAAUUUUACUCCGUUGAUUCACGGCAUUGUCAAAGACCAAUUGGCAUGUGCAGAGCAGCUUCUCUACAACAAUGCUCGUAUUGAUCCAGCCUCCGAAUCCGAUCAUAUACCACUGAACCUGGCCUGUCAACAUGGUUCGCUGCCGAUAGUUAAAAUGCUUCUAGAACGACAUGCGCAAUUGCUCCCAGAUGCGGAAGGCCUUUAUCCUCAGCACAUGGUGGCGCGUGCUUCGCAGUCGCCACAACUCUUACUUCUUCUCAAGCAACAUGGGGCUGAUAUGAAUCAAAAGGACAAGUUAUAUCAAUGGACGCCGCUUUUUCAUGCAGCAAGUGAGGGCUGUGUUGGUUGCUUGCGCACUCUACUGGAAUUGGGCGUCGACUCCGGUGCAGUUGACGAAAAGGGGCUCUCAGCAAUGUAUUAUGCGGCGUGGGAAGGGCAUUUGGAAUGCAUGCUUUUGCUUUGGUCUAAUCGUGGGGAUUCACAACAAGCGCAAAAGCCAUUCGACUUCCUGAACGGUUCUAGCCUACAUGAAUCCAGCCAUUCUGUCGACUUGCGCAUCAACGAUAUGACAGGGCCCGUUGAUACUGAGACAGCCGAUGGAAUCCCUGACCUAUCUCUCCCACCCCCAAUAAUACCUCUGAGGCGGUAUGGACACAAUUUCUUGGAUAAGAAAGUCUUUGUCCAGAUACUGUUCGACUCGGGCAUCUCUGGUUCGAUAUCCUUCGACCAGGCAGGCCGGCAUCCUGCAGCACGAUUGACCAUCUCGUCAAAACUCUCUGACUUGAUUCCACGCACUAUCAUGCUUCCAAUCCAAGAGGAUUCGCGCAUGAUAUCAUUCCAUGUCGACAAUUUGGAAUCGUUCGCUGUCGAUUUUGAGAUCUUUCCCACUUUCGGCUCCAAAGUGAUCGCUAAGACAGUUGCCCUGCCAACUGUAUUUCGAGCGGAGAAUUCUAGCGCUGGCUCGUGUGCAUUGCCGCUGUUCGAUCCUAGAUUACGUUCGAUCGGCCAGCUACAAUUUGGGUUCCAAGUUAUUAAGCCGUACCACGGUGAUCCUUUGGAGAUCACGCAUUUUGCCACCUAUUGGAAGGCGACGAGCGCUAUUGACCCUGAACACAACGGCCUUGUCACAGGGUCUAGCUUAUCGGGAGACCAUGUACAACUUUUUGUUCAGCUCACUAGAGACCGUAUCCCUGUUCUCUGCCCACAAUUCGUCAUUGAGCAUCAUGGUAUCGAGAUACCCAUUUGCCAUCUCACUUAUGCCCAGUUCCGGGCGAUCGGCGCCGAAAGGGGCACAAAUCACUCGGAGAUGCUGCGAUUCUUACAGACACGUGCCGUAGAUGACCUAGCCCAGGCCCAUCGCAUGCUGGCCUCUUCAUUCCUCUCACUGCGCGAGGUGUUUUAUCAUCUGCCGCUCAGUGUCAGUAUCAAUUUAUCAAUUCUUUAUCCCUCUGCCGCGGAGGAACAAUCAUUGAAUAUGACUUCCCUGGCAGAUGUCAACACUUUUGCGGAUGCUGUUCUUACUGAUGUAUUUGACCAUGCUCGUAUUGCGCGUGAUCAGAAUCCUGACUUCAUGCGUUCUGUGGUUUUUACCUCUUAUAACUCUAACAUUUGCAUUGCUUUGAACUGGAAGCAACCGAACUACCCUGUGCUCCUUUGCAAUGAUCUUGGCCAGAUUCGAGACUUGGCCCGCGACGUGAAUUCAUUACCGGACGUUGAUAGUAGCGGACGAGUUUCCAUGUCUAUAAAAGAGUCGGCGCGGAUAGCACAGAGCAACAAUCUCAUGGGUUUGAUAUGCCGCUCUAGUCUAUUGAAUGUUGUCCCGGCACUCGUAGAGACAAUCAAGGAGCUUGGCCUUGUGCUUGUUGCAGAUACCUCGGAUGAGGCCGAUCAACCUGACCGAAUGGAUACUAUGCCGGCUACGAAUCCUAUGGGCGUGGCUGAAUGGGCAUAUAGAAUGCCAGACGGUGUGAACGGUGUCAUGAAAGCCAAUGGCAUUCUGAAAUUCAACGACAUGAUUCAUAUGUGAUACUCCUUCCCGAUUCCUUCUCCCUACAAUAUCCCAAUUGCUCUUAUUUCUUCGAUAUCCAUUUUUCUUGGGCGUCGGGAAAUUUCGGGAUAUUAUAACCGUGUCAGUCUCUACUUGUCUACAAGCUCGUCUUCCUAUUUAUUAAGGGCUGGUCUGUUUCUGUACUAUGCCCGGGAGAGCCCGAUAUAUGUCAUCAUUUCAUUAUGUGUCCUGCGCUAUUUCUAUAUGUGGUGAUUUUGGGUAUGCUAGACUGAUAUCGUUUGGUGCUCUUCCCCAUGACCACUGUUUCCUUCGCUCUUUCCGGCAACUAUGUUUAACCCAAAUACCCGAUCAAAUAUCCUGAGUGGAGAAGGACCACCGAUCUGUCCUAAAAAUUAUGUAUGAACCAGUGUACAGCGCUCUAUGAAUAUAAAGUCUAAACGCCAUG